AGUGCCGUCAAUCCAAUCACUAUUACAAAUAUAUUGACUUUGAGAUUAAAAUUGAUGAAAUUGAAGAGAACCAAGUCGCAUGUACAGAUAUAUAUAGAGUAUAUGAAUAUGCAACUUGCACAAGCACAACUAAACCAACUAAAUAAAAAUUUGUAUCCAUUCAGGAAUCCAAUAAAAAGUCUGAUCUAUUCAAUAUAGUUGGAUCUUAUAUUAAUAAAUACGCAUCUCAACUCCCUAUAUAUUUUAAAAUUUCAUUUUCUAUAGUAAUGAUUCAUCAAGAAGAAGUAAAACCAAAAAACUGGGAAUAAGUCUUUGAAUCAUAUUUUUAAAUGAAGAAUUGAAUCGAUUACCUCUCAAAUUCCAAGCUCUGAUCAUGGAAACAAUUUGAUCGGAAAUGGAAGACAAAAGAGCAAUUUUGAUCUCCUUCGCCAUAAUCCUGCUGCUCGUGACCUCCAUCGUCAUCGCUCGACUCUCCCUCAAACUCUCCAAGACCUUCUACCUCAUCUGCGGCGCCGCCAUCGCCGCCAUUCUAUCCGUCGCCACGAUCGUCGUGAUCCGCACCCGCUACAACAGCCGCCGCAGGCAGCUCGAGCACCAGCUCAGCUUCCAGGGCCGCGAGCUGCGGAUCGAGUACAGCUUCCUCCGCAAAGUCGCCGGCGUCCCGACCAAAUUCCGCCUCCGCGAGCUGGAGGAGGCGACGGACGGCUUCCGCGCGCUCCUCGGCCGCGGCGGAUCCGGCUCCGUCUACAAAGGCAUACUCAGCGACGGCACCGCCGUCGCCGUCAAGCGGAUCGACGGCGGCGAUGAGCGCGGCGAGAAGGCGUUCAAGGCCGAGGUUGCCGCGAUCGCAAGCGUGCAGCACGUUAAUCUAGCUCGCCUCCUCGGCUACUGCAUUGCGUCGCGCGAGGGAGCUCGAUUCAUCGUCUACGAAUUCGUAUUCAACGGAUCGUUGGAUAAUUGGAUUUUCCCCAAAUCUAGGGCUAAUCAGAGAAGCGGCUGCUUGAGCUGGAAUCUCAGAUGCAGAGUUGCGUUGGAUGUAGCAAAAGCCCUAUCUUAUCUUCACCACGAUUGCCGAUCGUGCGUGCUGCAUUUGGAUGUGAAGCCGGAGAAUAUUCUCCUCGACGGCGAUCACCGUGCCCUAGUUUCCGAUUUCGGACUAUCGAAGCUCAAGGGGAGAGACGAGAGCCGGGUGGAGACGACGACUAUUCGCGGCACCAGAGGCUACCUUGCACCGGAAUGGCUUCUCGAAAACGGAAUAUCGGAGAAAUGCGACGUAUACAGCUACGGAAUGGUGCUGUUGGAGAUGAUUGGGGGAAGGAGAUGCGUAACUGUUCUUGACAAAGGGCAUCACUCGAAGAAGAAGUUUCAGUUCUUUCCGAGGAUUGUGGUUGAGAAAUUGAAGGAAGGGAAGCUGAUGGAGGUUGUGGAUGAUCGGUUGUUGGUGGAGGGUUCAGGGGUGGAUGAGAGUGAGUUGCGGCGGAUGGUCGGGGUGGCACUGUGGUGCAUACAGGAGAAGCCGAGGACGAGGCCGACCAUGGCCGAGGUGGUCGAGAUGCUCGAGGGGCGGAGGCCCAUGGAGGAAGCGCCCCACACGCAGAUGCUCGUCGUGGAUCUCUUGUCCGUCGAUGAGGACGAGGACGAUGAUGAUGGAAGAACGGAUAAUCGCCGCCACCAGCCAAGGGGUGCGACGGUGGAUCACGGUAAUCCGUCGUCGUCGGAUUACUCCAUGGCCUUCUCCGUGAUGUCGGGACGUUGAGUCGGAAGACGGUACAACAAUUUUGCCAUUUACUAUAAAACAAGAAUCAUAGGUUUGAGGUCACCAACUGUGAAAAUGGGUGUAUUACAACUUUGGCUUUGAAAUACACAAAGUCGUCAUAUCAACUGCUGUACUAUACAAAAAUGAUGACAAACAAGACAUGGAAAGAGAUCAGAACUGUACACUUUGCUAUACAAAGGAAAAAAUGAAUACAAAAUGCCUUUUUCUCAUCA